GUAGCUGCCGGGUUUCCGUAGUGACGCAUGAUGAGCCGGAAGUAAAUCAGGCACGUGGCGAAGUGUGCUGGGAGAACUGGUUCCAGUUUGGUUCUGGUGUUGUUAAGCGGAUCAAACCAGGUGACGGUUUCUGUGGGCUGUGACGUCAUGGCAGAGGUCGCGAGCGUCCCGGGUCAGUUUGAUGACGCCGAGGAGGACAGCAGCCAAUCAGGACAUGUCAUUACUGACAUCACUGCGCAGCUUUCGUCAGAGUGGCUGGAUGAUGAUGAUGAUUAUGAUUAUGAGGAUGAGGAUGGUGAUGAAGAUGAGGAGUGGGAGUGGACUUCAUCUGCAGAUUUGACCAAAAGAGUCAACUGGACCAGUGCCAGCUGUCAGGCCAACAGACAGACCCGGUCCAAUAAAACGCUGUCGUCGUCCACUCCAGCUGAUAAAGUUCUGAGGAAAUACGAGCAGAAGAUCAACCUAGACAAACUGGACUACGACGACUCCGUGACCAACAAGGUGAUGGCCAUGCAGAGGCAGAAGGAAGCCGGCACGUACAGAGUUAAGGACAAAUCAGACCGUGCCACGGUAGAGCAGGUGUUAGAUCCGCGGACUCGGAUGAUCCUGUUCAAGAUGCUGAGUCGGGGAAUCAUCAGUGAGAUCAACGGCUGCAUCAGCACGGGGAAAGAGGCCAACGUCUACCAUGCCAGCACAGCGGCAGGAGACAGCAGAGCUAUCAAGAUCUACAAGACGUCCAUUUUGCUGUUUAAAGACCGAGACAAGUAUGUCAGCGGAGAGUUCAGGUUCCGACAUGGUUACUGUAAAGGAAACCCCAGGAAGAUGGUGAGAACGUGGGCUGAGAAAGAGAUGAGGAACCUCAUUAGGCUGCAGACGGCAGGAAUUCCAAGUCCAGAACCUGUGCUGCUCAGGAGUCAUGUUCUGCUUAUGGGCUUCAUUGGAAAGGACAACAUGCCGGCUCCUCUGCUAAAGAACGUCGUGCUGUCGGAGUCCAAGGCUCGGGAAUUAUAUGUGCAGGUGGUCCAGAACAUGAGGAAGAUGUUCCAGGAUGCUCGACUUGUGCAUGCUGACCUCAGCGAGUUCAACAUGCUGUACCAUAGCGGAGACGCCUACAUCAUAGAUGUGUCGCAGUCGGUGGAACAUGAUCACCCUCACGCUCUGGAGUUCCUCAGGAAAGACUGCAGCAACAUAAAUGAUUUCUUUGUGAAGCACGGCGUUGCCGUCUUGACAGUCAGAGAGCUGUUCGACUUCGUCACUGACCCAUCCAUCACCAGCAGGAACAUUGAGCAGUACCUGGACAAGGCCAUGGUGAUUGCGGUGCAGCGGACUGCGGAGCAACGAUCGGAUCAGGACAGCGUUGAUGAGGAGGUGUUCAAGAAGGCCUACAUCCCACGCACGCUGACGGAGGUGAGCCACUAUGAGCGCGACGUUGAGCUGAUGAGGUUGAAGGAGGAGGAGUCUGCCAUCAGCGGACAUCACGACAACGUUCUGUACCAGACGCUUACGGGCCUGAAGAAGGACCUCUCUGGAGUCCAGAUGGUUCCUGCACUGCUGGAAGAGGAGUGCUCUUCAUCAGAGGAGGAGGAAGAGGAGGCUAAGGGAGAGGAGGAGGAGGAGGACCAAGAGGAACCUCUGAUGGAUAAGAAGGAGAGGAAGAGGAUGGUGAAGGAUGCUCAGAGGGAGAAGAGGAAGACUAAAGUUCCCAAACAUGUGAAGAAGAGGAAGGAGAAAGUGACCAAGAUGAAGAAAGGACGAUGACUUUCUGAAGAACCAAACCUGCCUCAUUUGCAGCCAACAGCAGCCGGUUCUGAUCCAGAAGCACAGACUUUAAUUCUGUGGUUCAGAUUAAAGUUUUUAUCAUUUGGACAAUAAACAGAGUCCAUCAGAAA